AUGCGAGGUCUCGUUAUUUUCAGUGCGGCCGUCGGCCUGGCUAAUGCUGCUGUUGUCGAGAGGGACUACCCUGUCCCUGCUGUCCCUGAUACCGACUAUACUCCCCCCGCUGCGGCUUACCCUCCUCCUGAGCAGACCACCGACGUCUACACUCCUCCCGAGGAGACCACGCCUGUGACUCCCCCUAAGGAGACCCAGCCUACCGGUGUUUACCCUCCUCCUGAGCAGAGCACUGAUGUCUAUCCUCCUCCUGAGGAGACGACCAGUGUCUAUACUCCCCCCGAGGAGACAACUGGUGUCUACCCUCCACCUGAGGACACCACCGGCGUCUACCCCCCUCCUGAGCAGAGCACUGAUGUCUAUCCUCCUCCUGAGGAGACGACCAGUGUCUAUACUCCCCCCGAGGAGACAACUGGUGUCUACCCUCCACCUGAGGACACCACCGGCGUCUACCCCCCUCCUGAGGAGACCACUGAUGUCUACCCUCCUCCUUCCGAGACCCAGCCCGAGGAGCACAGCUCAACCGAGACUCCUUACCUCCCUCCUACUGAGACUCUUCCUUCUGCUGAGAGCUCAACCGAGACUCCUUACCUUCCUCCCAGUGAUACUCUCCCCGCCAAGGGUACCUCAACUGAGACUGGCUACCUGCCUCCCUCUUACACGAAGCCUUCCUACACGAAGCCAACUUACACCAAGCCUUCGUACACCAAGCCUGGCUACCCCGAGACCUCUAAGUGGACCACCUCAACCAUCUACACCACUCAGGUUCAGACCGUCACCAAGUGUCCUCCCGAGGUCACCAACUGCCCUGUUGGCCCUCACGUCACCACCGUGACUAUCCCCGUCUCCACCACCGUCUGCCCUGUGACUGAGGAGCACCCCUCUUCUGUGUACCCUACUCAUGAGGAGACCACCAAGCUUACCACCUCGACAAUCUACACCACCAAGGUGCACACUGUCACCAAGUGCCCUCCCGAGGUUACCAACUGCCCUGUCGGUCCUCACGUCACCACUGAGACCAUCCCCGUCUCUACCACUGUCUGCCCCGUGACCGAGACUCACGUCGCUCCUCCUCCUGCUCACGAGACAACCACCAAGCUGACAACCUCAACCAUCUACACCACCAAGGUCCACACUGUUACUAAGUGCCCUCCUGAGGUUACCAACUGCCCUGAGAAGCCCCAUACCACCACCGAGACCUACGCUGUCUCUACCACCGUCUGCCCUGUGACUGAGACCCACGUUGUUCCUCCCAAGGAGACUCAGCCCAUCGUUAUUCCUCCUGUUCACCCCGGUAACGGAACCUGGACUCCUCCCAAGCCUCAGCCUCCCAAGGAGUCUCACCCCAGCUACCCUCAGCCUCCUGCUCCUCAGCCUCCCAAGGAGUCUCACCCUAGCUAUCCUCAGCCUCCUGCCCCUCAACCUCCCAAGGAGACUUACCCCGCUCCCCCUAAGGAGACUCAGCCUGGCGUCACCCCCCCCAAGGAGACUCACCCCGCUCAACCUCCUGCCCCUCAACCCCCUAAGGAGACCCAGCCUGCCCAGCCUCCCGCUCCUCAGCCUCCCGCUCCUCAGCCUCCCAAGGAGUCUCACCCUAGCUACCCUCAGCCUCCUUCUCCCAGCAAGCCUGCUGAGACUGCUCCCGUUGUCCCUGCUCCUAGCACUCCUGCUGAGACCUACCCUGCUCCUCCUGCCACCACUCCCACCCAGGUCACUGCCGGUGCUGGACGUGUCGGAGGUAGCGUCGGAGCUGCUCUCUUUGCGGCCGGUUUUGUCGCCUUCUUCCUGUAA